AUGCAUGUUGACGAUAAAUCUACAACUGAAGAAACUGUUCAUAAUGAAAUCUCUAUUGACCCAACGACUAACGAUACCUUUUCUCAACAAACUUUACCGGUGAUAAAAAAAUUUACUCUAUCAAAAUGGAUAUCGUCUCUUAUGAUCGUAUGGUCUGCUGCUAUCUGUUGUAUGGCUGCUGUAAGUAAUUUUGGUGAAUUGGUUGUUACAAGACUUUUUUUAGGCGUAGCUGAAUCAGGUUUUGUACCUGGUGCAUUUUUUCUAUUAAGUAUGUGGUAUAAGAGUUCCCAACUUGCUGUAAAAUUUGCCAUAUUUUAUUCUGGAAAUGCUUUAUCUGGCGCUUUUGGUGGACUUCUGGCUUAUUUUAUCACGGGAUAUAUGCACGGCAAAGGGGGUUUGGAAGGAUGGCGAUGGCUGCUCUUGUUAGAAGGACUGUCCACUCUUGUUUUAGCAUUAGUUUCCUUGGAUUACUGGGUAACUUGUCUUCGCAAAGAUGAUGAUACACUCAGCGAUCUUCAACAUAACGCAAAAUUCAAUCUUCAUAGUCUAUAUUUGACUUUAAAAGAUUUAAGAGUUUAUAUUGCACUGUCUAUUGGCUUAUUCUCCGGAACAGCAAUAAACUCCAUUGUGUUAUAUCUAUCAACUUUACGUAGUUGGAUGAUAUAUUAUUUGUUAGGCUUAGCGGCAUUUAAACCAAUUAAAUUUGCCUGGUUUUCCGGUGUAUUUGCUAAACCUCAUGAUAAACGCGCAAUUUUUCAGGCAAUGCUUUUCGUAGUUACAGAUAUAUCCGGCGUUUUGUCGUCAAUGCUAUACCAAAAAAAUGAUGAACCCAAAUAUUGUAAGUGA